GUGUCAUUGCCCAUUUUGUAAGGUCCUCACUCCCUCUCUCUAGGCGUGAAGGUGUGAAGUAGCCCGUGUUUUGCCAAAUCCCAAAGGUCGAGUAAAGUGCAACUUUUAAUUCCAGGAUCCGUUGCGCGCCGUGAGGCAUUUGUUCAAGGCCUUUGUUCUCGAUACAUUCGUUUGGCCUGCAAUCUUUGUUCUUACAGGGAUAGAGUUCUCAGCUUUUCUCAUACUAUCAUUACCCUUACGAGUGGGAGCUUCACGGGAGCCUGUCAAAGGGUACAUUCUCCUCAGACUUUUGUCUGAACAUCGGAACAGGAGGAAUCCUAUCGUACCAGUUGUUGCAAGUGUUAACCUCAAGUCGUGGAAGAUGGCCAAAUUUGAGAAAAACCAUUUGUUGGGACUGCUAGUUUUGAUCGUUUUGAUAGAUUUUAUUGUGCUGGCAAUUGCCGGCUGGGGUCUUGACGAACAUAUUGAUGGGACCUUCAAUGUUGGGAAUGGUGCUAGCUUCUACCUCAUUAUGCUCACACUAGUGGCCGGUAUGGUGGUUCUGGCCUCCGCUGCCGCUGGUCUUCUGCACUUUAAGCAUUUUCGCGGAGAGACUCUGUCUGGAGCAUCUAGUCUCUCCCUUCUCGCCUGGUUUCUCAUGCUUCUAGCUUUUGGAGUAGCCUGCAAGGCUAUUGAUCUUGGAGGUGAGAAGUCUAAGAUGAAAGCUUUGGAGGCCUUCGUGCUCAUUCUCACCUUCUUCCAAACCGCGUACGUUGCUGUAUUGCACGCUGGCAUCUUCAAUAGCAAUUACGGGCUCGGAUACUAGGUGACAUUCUUGUAAAGGCAAUCAAUUUUUGAUACUCUUCUUUUGCAAGAGCUGGAAAUGAGCGGUUCUGGUUGUACAGAUGUUCUCUCCGAAGCGACUCUGUAAUUUAGAGGUUUUUAGUUCUUGUCCAGCCCAUUCAUGUUCACUUGGGAAGGACCUUACCUCACGAUUUCUUACUACACCGUUACACCAAAUUGGAGUACUUCAGCAGUUUAUUUUGGGCCUGGAGAUCUGAUUUGCUUGCUUCCGUGAUACGGUGGAGUCUUGUCGAAACGAAAAACUGAACUUUAGAUUAUGGGUAUGUUCGGAGGCAAGUAGAAUCAGUUUGUAUACAAUCACAACCUAGCUAGUUUGGUGUGAUGGAGCCUUGACUCAGACAAAAGAGGAACGAGUCUGGCCUUCAAGUGGAUGGUACCCUUGUAUGUACAUAGUGUGGUGGAAACAUCUACGAUUAGUUUUCAGCAAUUGUUUGAUUCUAUUGACAUAAAAGGUCGGGUACCAUCCACUUGUCGAAGGGAUAAGCAGUAUGACUUCAUGGAUUGUACUGCAUUACAAAUGUAAAGCAUUUGCCACUCGCUCUGUAUGAUUGAGUGAAAGAUUUAUUUUUCCCAUUUGCUUGGUGAGGUUGUACGAUAAUUGGACGACGGCUCAGUCAGCAUAUACUGUAGACAAUGUAGCGUGGGGUUUUUGUACAGCUGUUGUGAGAGUACAAAUUAAAAGUCUAGGUGAUUUUUUCAUGUCUCUACUCUUACAAAAGACCAAAAGGAUUUUAAUCACGAUGGUGGCCAUUUUCGGAUC